UCAUUUUUCAUCAAGUAAAAAAUUUACUAGAUUGUCUUGCUGUAUAUCAAUAGCAAAACAAAUCAGAUGAUGUAGGUAUGGAGGUGAACUGUCACAAAAACAUAACCUUAUUCUUUUCAGAGAUGGAAAAAUUUUAAAAAUGUACGAGAUCACUACAUUUUUUACCACUUUACCAUCAGCUGAUCUCAAACGAUGAUUUUUCCGAUGUGUUUAGUAAUCUAGUCCAUAAUUGUAAAUCAUCAUUCAAAGAAAAUGGUGAAAUUUUAUUGGUCUGUGAUAAACCACACUAUUUCAAGAUGGUGGAACAAAAGUUACUGCAAACAAAAAUUAUUCCGAAUGAAAAUUACAUUCAAAUCCCUUUUUUACAACUACUACCUAGAUUGGAACUAUGUUUGCGAUAUACUACUAGAACCUAUUUUAUGGUUUGUCGAAAACUUUACUGCCUAUUUAGGACCUGUAUUUGUAGCAAUGGUGAUACUAUUGACAUCAUUAAUAGUUUACAUCGCAUAUUAUGUAGGUUUCCCUUAUUGGUGGGAAAAAAGUCCAGAAUUUACUAUUGUUUUGGUUAUUGUUGGAAACUGGCUGUUAAUCAAUGUUAGUUUUCAUUAUUACAUGGGACUAAAAGUUCCAGCUGGUUUUCCACCUAAGGGUGAACUUAUACCAGAAGCUGUUAGUAUUUGCAAAAAAUGUAUUAAACCCAAGCCACCAAGAACUCAUCACUGUUCCGUUUGCAAUAAAUGUAUACUCAAGAUGGAUCAUCAUUGCCCAUGGCUAAAUAAUUGUGUAGGAUAUUACAAUCAUAGAUACUUUUUUCAGUAUAUGGUCUUUACGCUAAUAGGAAUAAUUUUUAUAACAAUUUUUGGAGCUCAACUAGCAAUUGAAGAAUUUCUUUUAUCACCCGAACCAGAGAUAGAGGGUCAUCCUGUUCGUGUAAAUAAUUCAGAAAUAAUUCCCUUGACGGAGUCAAUGGACCAUUUAAGCGUCGAAGAACGGAAUGCAAUAGCUUUGCAAGCAGCGGCACAAAAAGAAAACGAGUAUCGCCGAAAACUCAUUACUAUAGCAGCUUUUGUUUCUCUAGCAACACUUGGAUCUCUUGGACCAUUGACUUGGUGGCACGCUCGACUUAUAUCUCGAGGAGAGACUAGCAUCGAAGGUCGGAUCAACGAAACUUUGAAAAAAAGCUUUCAGGCCGAGGGCAAAAUCUAUAAAAAUCCUUACGAUUUUGGAAAACGAGAAAAUUGGAUGUUGUUUUUAGGACUGAAAGAUAGAAGUUGGUGGUAUCUACUUUUUCCAUCCACCCAUGAACCUUAUGGAAGUGGUUUAAUCUGGGAGACUAGUGAAAGUAAUAAAAUAUCUUGACUCGCUUGAAAUGAAAUUAAUUCUUAUUGUAAAUAUGUAUUUAGUCAUUUUUGAAGAACUUAUAUACAAUUCAAUUCAUUUUCUACGUAAUUGUGAUAUGAUUUUACAUUUUACCCAAAUAUUGUCUAAGGUGAUACUCAAAUUAGAACUUUUCUUUGACGUAAUAAAAU